GAGCUGGGGUUUUAAUUCCAGUACGACUAUAAUAAUCGUAAUGAACUCAGAAAACAUUAUUGGACCUGAGUAUGAAGGCAGGAUCACCUUCUUCCCAUCUACUGCGUCUUUGGAGCUCAGGAGUCUCACUGUGGAUGACACUGGAGAAUACACUGUUAAUAUUAUACAAGAUGGAAAAAUCCAGAAUGGCCAUAUUACUCUGGUGAUAUACGAGAAAGUCUCCAAUGUGUUGGUAACUUCCAGCAGCACAGACUUGGUUGAGUUCAACAGUUCUGUCUCUCUGUCCUGCUUGGCCUCUGGAUCCUCUCUCUCUUUCCUCUGGUUGAACGGCAGCUCUGAGGUUACAGCAAGUGACAGAGUUCAGCUCACUGAUGGAGGCUCCAGUCUGACUAUAAUCAAUGUGACCCGCUUUGACCAGGGACCAUUCAGGUGUCGUUUCACUGAAGGGGUUGGUGUGUUGCCUGAUGAUCGUCUGAAUGCAGCUGUAGGAGAAACGGCGAUGUUCACUACAACACUGUCUCCAACAGAGAAACCGUUUCAAUCUGUGAACUGGAAUGUUAAUUUCUCUACAACUAUACUAGUCAUGAUUAACUCAGAAGAAACUAUUGGACCGGAGUAUGAAGGCAGGAUCACCUUCUUCCCAUCUACUGCGUCUUUGGAGCUCAGGAGUCUCACUCUGGGUGACACUGGAGAAUACACUGUUAACACUAUACAAGAUGGAAAACUCCAGCAGGGCCAUACUACUCUGUUGAUAUACGAGAAAGUCUCCAAUGUGUUGGUAACUUCCAGCAGCACAGACUUGGUUGAGUUCAGUGGUUCUGUCUCUCUGUCCUGCUUUGCCUCUGGAUCCUCUCUCUCUUUCCUCUGGUUGAACGGCAGCUCUGAGGUUACAGCAAGUGACAGAGUUCAGCUCACUGAUGGAGGCUCCAGGUCAGACAUCAGCCUCACCUGCUCAGUUGGAUCCAGAUCUCCUGCACAGUUUCAGUGGUUUCUGAAUGGAGGUCAGCUGCUUGAUACUGGAUCAGAGCUCAGACUGAUGAAUGUUACCAUGAGUCACAGUGGAAACUUCAGCUGUCAGGCCUUUAACCACAAAACUCUUAGAUCUCAAACAUCUCAGCCUUCGGCCAUCACUGUGCUGGAGAAAAUAUCAGGUUCUUCUGUCAAACCAUCAACAAACCUGACAGUUGAGGGAACCUCUGUCAGUUUAACCUGUGAGGCCUCUGGUUCAGUCUUUACAAGAAACUGGAUGAAGGAUGGCUCCGAUCUGACCCCGCCUGACAACAUGACCCUUUCUGACAAUAACAGAGUGUUGACCUUUGACACUGUGAAGAGGAAAGAUGAAGGAGAAUAUUUUUGUAAUAUCAGCAACCCUGUCAGCAGUCAUGGAGAUACAUACAUCAUGACUGUUAAUUAUGGACCAGAAAAUGUUCAAAUCAAAGGUCCAGAUAAGAUAAUUAUGAAAGGCGCCUUAAAACUGACCUGCUCUGCUGAAUCCCCACCAUCUGCCAGAUUCACCUGGUUCUUUAAUGGGACAGAAAUACUCACCAAUUCAGCUGAGUAUAUUAAAGAAGAGGUUGAAUUAUCUGACAGUGGCAACUACACAU